AGAACAUAGUUCUUCAGCACAUUUUAAACCAACUUAGUUUCCAUUUCCAAAAUUUCCUCAACUAUAUAUAUCUAUGGAUUGUGGUAUGCACUUGCAUAACCAUCAAGCUGAUGAGCAACAGAUACUGCAAUGGCAGAUGAAAUCCGAACCCCCUUCCUUGGUACAUGAUCAAAGACGAUCUGCCAAUUACAAGCCGAAUAUUUGGAAGUAUGAUUUCCUUGAAUCUCUUAACAGCAAAUUUGAUGGAGAAUGUUAUCGAAUUCAGAUUCAGAAGCUAAUAGAAGAUGUUAAGGAUUUGUUUGGUGAAUGUAAGGAAUCAUGUUCACUGGGUAAGUUGAAGUUGAUUGACAGCAUCCAGAAACUAGGCCUCAACAACCACUUUGAGAAGGAAAUCAAGGAAGCCCUAGACACCAUAGCAUCUGUAGAACUCGAAAACAAUAGCAAUCCCUGCAUUAGUUCUGAGGGUGAUCUCUAUGCUACUGCACUACUCUUUAAGAUUCUUAGGCAGCAUGGUUAUAAAGUUUCACAAGAUAUAUUUGGUAGUUUGAUAGAUGAAAUGGGUACAUUAAAGAAGAACACAUGUGGGGAUGCGAAAGGAAUGCUUGAAAUGGUGGAGGCCUCAAACUUAGCUUUAGAAGGUGAAAAUAUCCUAGAGGAGGCUAAAGCUUUCUUAAUGGUCACUCUCAGAGAUACCAAUACUAGGUGUGAUGAUAUAGACAAUUGCAUUUCCAAGCAUGUGACUUAUGCCCUGGAGUUUCCAUCACAAAGGAGAGUGCAGUGGUUUAAUGUGAAAUGGCACAUCAAAUCCUACGAGAAAGACCAUACUGAUCAAGCCAACAUGACCACUUUACUAGAGUUGGCUAAACUUAACUUCAACAUAGUUCAAGCCACACUUCAAAAAGAUCUAAGGGAAGUAUCCAUGUGGUGGAACAAUCUGGGUCUCAAUAAGAACUUGGACUUUGCAAGAGAUAGACUGGUCGAAUGUUUCAUGUGUGCUGUGGGAUUAGCUUUCGAGCCUCAGUACAAGUCCUUUAGAAAAUGGAUAACUAAAGUCGUCAAUUUGAUUCUCAUCAUCGAUGACGUUUAUGAUGUUUAUGGCUCAUUGGAAGAGCUAAAACAUUUCACCAAUGCUGUUGAAAGGUGGGAUAUUAGGGAAACCGAGCACCUUCCGGAGUGUAUGAAGAUCUGUUUCCAAGUACUCUACAAUACUAUUUGUGAAAUUGCUUAUGAAAUUGAGGAGGAGAAUGGUUGGAACCAAGUAUUACCUCAUUUGCAGAAAGUGUGGGGAGAGUUCUGUAAAGCAUUAUUGGUGGACGCAGAGUGGUACAAUAAGGCCUACACACCGUCCUUUGAAGCGCAGCUUAGCAAUGGUUGCAUUUCAUCAUCUGCUUCGCUGAUUUUGACUCAUGCCUUCUUCUCCACAACACAUGAUGAAGGGGCCAAAAACAUUACUGAUUUUCUGCACAAGAAUGAAGAUCUUGUGUACAAUAUCUCUUUGAUACUUCGACUCUUAAACGAUUUGGGAACUUCCGCGGCUGAGCAAGAGAGAGGUGAUGCUGCUUCAUCAAUCCUAUGUUACAUGAAAGAAGCGAAUGCUUCAGAAGAAAUAGCUCGAAAGCACAUCAAAGACAUGAUAGACAAUGCAUGGAAGAAAAUAAACAAAAAAUGCUUCACUCAAAUGCCCGAAAUAUCUUCAUUCAUCAACAUUAUGACAAAUAUAGCUCGAGUUGGACAUAGCCUUUAUCAAGAUGGAGAUGGAUUUGGUGAUCAAGAGUACGGGACUCGGGGACAGAUCCAAUCUUUACUAGUUGAACCUCUCUCUUAAUCAUGCUAAACUAGCUAGCUAGUAGUAAUGAUCCUAUCAGUCUCUUACUGUCGUACUCAUAUUAGCAAUAAAUGAGGUGAAAUGUCAAUGUCUCUAGUAAGUAUUGUGGUCAUAAACAAUGUAAUA